AUGGCAGGCCAUCACUUUUUUAUACUUGUCUUUUUGAUUUUAUUCUCUACGUCGCUAGCAAUACCGCCGCCACCAUCACCAACAGCAAUUAAUGAAUACACAACGCCAUCGUUAUUACCACAGCAGGAAGAAUCAGACACGAUACCGAUCGGCGAUGUUUCAGCUACGAAUCAUUUAUUAUCAUCCAUCAGCAGCAAACCAGCAACCGUAAUAUCAUCAUCUGUAUUUGCGUUUCCAUCCGAUUGGCUUAAUAGUGAACAUGACGACUCAUUUCAUGCAGCACGAAUAGCUGUGGAAGAGAGGAAACAGCAACAACAUCAUCAACCAGCACACAACAACGAUGAAGACACGAACAAUGAGAUGUCGAGCUCCACAACAACAAAAUUCCCCGAGGUAGAAAACAAUGUCGCCCCUGAGGACCCGUCAUCAUCCACCAAUACAAAGGUAGUGGGUGUCAUUGUUGGUGCAAGUGUUGGUGGUAUGGUUGUUGUUGGAGCUAUUGCACUCUUUGUCUGGCAGCUUCAUCACAGGGGAGGAGGUGAUGGAAUCCUUGUCAAUGACCCACCAUUUUCCCCAAAUACAAAAUCCCCCGAUGAUGAUGAGGAAACCAAAAUUGAUAUGACCACCAUGAUCCAGCAACAACAACAACAACAACAACCCUUAUCCCCAGUUUCAGAAGCUGCUUCAUCAUCCUCAUCCUCAUCAUCAUCACCCUCUGCCACCUUUGAUGAAAAAGCAUCAUUGGCACAAGAAGAUGAGGAUUUUGGACAAUCCACAUUGGAUGCCUUUGAUCAAAUUGGCACCAAGUAUCGAGAUAGUGAUGAUAAUACUGUACCUUGUCCCGAUCUUAUCAGCUCCGUACAAUCAUCUACCGCACCAACACGAGCAGCAUUGCUAGUACCAGAAGAUGAAACAUCAUCAUCAUUGGCAGAUACUCCAAAAAAGAAAAAGAUGCCACCCAUCAAGCGUGCGUGUCCUGUUAUCAUUGAGAACAAUGCAUCCUCUUCAGCUUUAACGUUUACCCACACACGUCAUGGAUCUUCAACAUCAUCGUCAACAUCACCCACGUCACUAAGUUAUCCACUCAAAAAGCUUUUACAUUAUCCUCGAUGCCACAUGCCCCAACCCCCACCACCGGUGGCAUCACCAGCACCCACUACAGACACCAAUACAAGUGAUCAACAACACUAUCAUCUCGAUAGAUUGUUUACGUUGACACCAGAGCAGCAACAACAACGAACACGCAUGAAUCAAGCAGGCAUGGUGACACCAUUUGAUUUACCGCCCACUGAGUUCCUGCCCCUGCAAAAUUGUCCCUUCCCACUCGUAUCAAGACAAUCUGUAAUGAUUGAUCCAUCCAAGCGUCAAGGCAUCCAUAACGUUCCCAAUGAUGAAGAUGAUCAACAAUGA